AUGUUUAAGAAAAACAAAAGCAAGGUGCUGGUGGAUUACGCAUCUGAAGAAGACGACAUGUCCUGGCAUUACCAUCACUCCUACAAGGACAAAGAGAGAGGAGAGGAAGAGGAGGAGGAAGCAGUUACCAUGGUGUCAAAGGAGGCCAAAAUGAAGAAGAUUAUGUCUAAAAAGGAGCGGAAGGACAGAAAGAUGUUUUCCUCCAAAGACGACGAGCACUUGUUGUUGACCGGGGACAGUCUGACCAAAGGGUCUCACAAGAAGAUAAAGGACGACGAGAAAGAGAAGGAGAAGGAGAAGAAGCCGGAAAAGGGGCAGUGUUUUUGGGAAAGCGUCACAACAACUAUGAGGAAAAUCUCACCCGCCAAAAAACUGGAGAAGACCGAAGGCUGGGAGCCGCCUCACACCGUCCACAGCGGCGAAACAGACAAACUUUCCCACCUCAACAACCAGAAAAGUGACAGCGCGGUGGACUCGGACUCGUGGGCGGGGAGAGGUCUGGAGGAGGACAACUCUCGCUACGCCAACCUGUCCGAGUCCAAGGAGGGAGUGGGAGCAGUGAGGUGGACGUCCCGCGCUAAAGUCAAACUGGCUGGUUUCGGGCGGACGGGCAGAGGGAUCGUGUCCGAGAGCAUGUGGGAAGGGCUCAAAUAA